GUUAUGGCCCGUACUAAGCAGACUGCCCGCAAGUCGACCGGGGGCAAGGCCCCGCGGAAGCAGCUGGCCACCAAGGCCGCCCGCAAGAGCGCGCCGGCCACGGGCGGCGUGAAGAAGCCGCACCGCUACCGGCCGGGCACCGUGGCCCUGCGGGAGAUCCGGCGCUACCAGAAGUCCACCGAGCUGCUGAUCCGCAAGCUGCCGUUCCAGCGGCUGGUGCGCGAGAUCGCGCAGGACUUCAAGACGGACCUGCGCUUCCAGAGCUCGGCCGUGAUGGCGCUGCAGGAGGCGAGCGAGGCCUACUUGGUGGGGCUGUUUGAAGACACGAACCUGUGCGCCAUCCACGCCAAGCGCGUGACCAUCAUGCCCAAGGACAUCCAGCUGGCCCGCCGCAUCCGCGGGGAGCGGGCUUAAGUUACACUGCACUCGGCUCGGGGUUCCAUCUCAUCCAAAGGCUCUUUUCAGAGCCACCCACAGCAGCAUUGGAAAGCAGCUGUGUCACUUACUCUGGCUUGUCACCGGGCGAAAGCUUCCACAGUUGAGACAGGAUUAACUAGUGAAGCGCUAGGCUCCAUGGGCUGGUUGUGGGAAAGAGGGCCCGGGAGCAAGUUUGCUUCCAUGUUUCAAGACCGCUCUCUAGGCUGUUAAAACUUGGAGCCUUACGGGCUUGAGUUCGCGAGGUCGCCUGCGCUUGCUUGAGGGUGGACAGGGACACGUUUUCAUUUUAAUCUGGCCACUCAUUUGACCCCGUAAUUUUUGUGCCUGAGCUCUUCUGUGCCUUUUUGCACAUGACGGCGACCCAGUAUGCGAAUUGUCGGUGUAGGUAGCGGAGUGGAGGACAAGGUGACACCAGAAGGAGUCCCUGCGGUGGGGAGCGCGCCUGGGCCGCCCUUUUCGCGAGCACUGACUGCGCGCUGCCGGGUGCGCGCCGCCGCUUCCCCUCGCCCCGCCCUCACCGAAAAUGGCCUCCCCGGCGUGGCCUCUGCCUAGCGGAGAUCCUUCGGCUCCUCCCCAGCAGGAUUUUACCAGCCCUCAAAAAAAAAAAAAAAAAAAAAAAUUUUUUUUUUUCUUUACCCUCAGCUUCUAAACUCAAAUGCCGCCAGUGCCCUGGGCCCCCAGACUUAGGCCACUUCUGGCGAUCUCGUCCUUAAAUGGACUAUUUCCUACCCUUCACAGUGAGACUCCGGGAAGGUGUCCCCAAAAGCUGCGACCCAUUUUUUUCUUUCUUGAAAUUAGAGGGACUAUCCAGUGUCAGGGGAGGCCUAUGAUCCCGAGUUUUAAGUUUUUAGGAAGACAGUAGACCAGGCAGAGCAUGGCCCUCCCUUGGCGGGAUGAAGCUUCCCAUCCUAAGAAAAAGGGUAGAGGCUUUAGUGAUGAAUUCUGUAAUAGCUGUAAGGUGGAAGUCCAAGGCCAUUUAGUAGAUGCGGGAGUGGGGUAGUGUCUGACAGAGCCCACACUUCACAGCGCUCAGAUACAAGUGACAGCACCGGUCUUAGAUGAUGUCUCUUGAAAUUCUAGGUCAUUUAUUGAGUCCAAGGCUUAUGUUUUGUUUCAGCACAGUCGACAGUGAAAAGCAAUCAUUACAGAGAUAAGCGAGAAUUCACAUAAACGGAAGGAAACCUAGUUUUUUAAAACUCUGUUCUGCCCUUCUUGAGAUGUGUCAGAAAAAGGGGGAGACAGUUUAGACUCUGGCCUCUCCAGCCAUGAGUUUGCCACAUGUUUCUGCUCCAGGGUCACAGUGAUUUCCAGAGCAUGCCUCCCAGUCUCAGCCAAGGCCCUCAUUCCCUGCUCAGACCCACAAUACAGGGUGGAUCCAUGGGCCUGGCUCUGUACUGAGUUAAAAAGUAGUGACUUUUAGAGCUGUGUAGGAGAGCACUACACUCAGCAUCCCACCUAUCGUCAUGGCAAGCCUUUUAGGUACAUAGUGCAGGGACACCCUUAGGUGCAGCCUGGGGCUCUCAGAAGCUAAGUGUCUUGCUCAGCAUCUCAGGCCUAGGGGUGGCUAUGCAAACACUGGAGCCUGGGGAUGUUGGUGUCAGUCAUCUGUCUCUACCUCUGCUGGGCUCGAAGAUCCCACUGCUUUAAUUCACCAGGAUUGGCACCCCUAAUCUCCCUGAUGGAUUCUCAAAAGGGAGUUUGGUGGCAUUGUUAAUACCCAGCCUGGAAUAGAAUAAAAUUUCAGAUUCCUAUUACUGGGAAGGAGCCCUGGUGGUGCAGUAAAGAGCUUGGUUGCUAACCACAAGGUUGGCAUUUCGAAGCCACCAGCUGCACCUUGGAAACCCUAUGAGGCAGUUCUACUCUGUACUAUAGGGUCGUUGUGAGUCAGAAUCAACAGCGAGUUCUGUUACUGAGAAGGCCUAACCUCACAGGAAUCUUCCAAAUUUUCCUCCAUUUGUUUGAGAGGAAACUGAGUUUAAUCAAUGUUUGCUGUCAGGUGUGGUCGAGUUGAUUUUUGACUCAGUGACCUCAUGUAACAGACUAGAACUGCCACACAGGGUUUUCUGGGCUGUUAUCUGGCUAUAAACUUCAUAGAGGUCAUUUGCCAGGUCUUUUCCUGCUGAGUGGGCGGGGAGGUGGUGGGGUCCAAAAUGCCAGCUUUUUAGGUAGCAGCUGACUGCUUAACAAUUUGCAUCACCAGGGCUCCUUAAGUUCAUCAAUGCAAGAUAACAAUUUAAAAUGUAUAUUUCAACAUUUAAUCAUUUUCUGUACUUAAAUCAUUCUCUACUCUCAGAUGAGAGUCAAAGAAAGAAUAAUUAAGGACAAGAUAAAUACUUUUCCUCUAAUAAUUAGCUUGUACAUGUCUAGCUUGAUUCUAGGAAAGGUCUGCCCUAAGCUCAGGUAUUUUAAGAAGUAAAAAACACUCUGUUCAGGUUUAAUUCUGCCUUAUGACAAUGGCCACACCACACAGAACUCAGACAAUAGUCAUGAUUAUGGGGUUAAUUAAGGAAGUAACAGGCUGCAAUUCAGGUUCAGGAAUGACUCAGGGUACAGUUCUUUGAUCAGGACAGUCUCUUUUCAGCUGUUCCCACAGAUAGGCCUCUCUCUGGCCCCUCAGCCCCUUUCCUGUUUAGGCAAGUGUUACAAAGCUUUUAGUUCUGCGGAUAAGUGCCUGGAGACACCUCACGCCCCAAAUAAGCCUCGUGCCUGAAGACACUCCGCUCUCUUUGGGCUGAGAAGCUCUACCGAAGCCAUCUUGUCAUCUCCCUUAGCUAUCUUGCCAUCUCACACUACUGUAGCCCCUUGCUAUCUUCCUGUUACAGCUCCAUCUCUCUGUUUCGUGGUUCUAGGAGGUUCUCAGCACAGGUAUCUUGAGUUCAAAGGAUACACUCCACUCCUGGCUCUUCUUUCUUGGUGGUGGUGAGAUCCUCCCUUUCUGCCUCUGGGAUGGCUCAUUUCUGCCUAGCGGGAUGGCAAAACUGACCAGUCCCCUUGUUAGGGUUCCAUACCUCCACAAGGGUGCCAUGCAAUUUAUUUACAUCAUUAGCAAGUUAUCCAAUCCCCUUGGUGGCAACAAGUACCUCAUUUACAUGGUCCCACCCAGUCAUUUGGUGGAAGUUACUAAGACUGUGGCAAGAAGAGCCAUAUUAAGUAAUUCACUGCACUGCAAAAGGCAGCAGCCUCAUCCUUAGCCUGAUUCUGGUGAUAGUAACUGAGAAACGAGUUCACUGAGCAACACCCUGCCACUCCCCACAACCUGUUCCUGAAGGUAGAUGACCUGGGGAAGGGUGUCUGAUUUUACAUUCCCAAAGGCAUAAGUUAGGGUGUGAUCAAUAGCAGAGAGUGAAGUAUACCUGAAGAGAGACGGGGGAAGGAAGAAAGAAAGGAGUUGGGAAACAAGCUUACGACCUCACCACUGUGAACUGCGAACCGGGACUGAGAUCUGAGGCUCCUUGAGAGGCAUGGCCAGGGCUUCCAACCCUUAACAGGAAAAGGGUCCAAAGAGAAAAGACUGGGCUGUCUGUUUCUCAGUUUUCUCGUCUGUAAAUCGGGAUAAUAACUGUACCCAUUUCAGGAUUGUUGUGAGGAUGGAAAGAGCUAAUACAUUCUAAAUACAAAGUGCUUAGAAGACAGACUUACCUGUGGUAAUAAGCCAAUAUUAAAGGUAUUAACAUCAAUAAUGUAUCAGUGACAUUAAUCUUAACUGUUGUAAAUUACAAUCCUGUCAGUAACAACAACAACAACAACAAGAAAGACCAACACACAAAAACAAUUCAUGAAUAAUUUUAAACACUUGAUCAGCUUCUAGAUUGUGUGGCCCAGGCAGGAAGAAUACUUGGGCUGGUUUACGGCUCACCUUUCAUUCAUUUCCUCUCAUUUGAUUUCACAAUAACCCUGGUGAGGGAGAGACAACUGGAAUGUGGGCCUCACAGGCAGAACAUGGCAGAGGUGGAAUUGAGCCUGGGUCUUAGUGUUUGCCUUUUGAUUUUUGUAUUAGAUUUAUUAUUUCAGAGGAAAACAAUGCAAUAGUAACAGAUGAUAGCUAUAGUAUCAAUAUAUAUGUAUACAGUAGCUCCUAUUGCUGACAACAGACCACAGUAAGAAAUACAUUUUAUAUCACUACCUACUGCAUACCCACAGGCAUCUAAAAUCGAAACUUCACAAAAUGAUAUUUUUUUGCACUUGGGCUGUACUUUGAUAUUUUGUAUCCUAAUCUGUUUCAUUAAAAAGAAAGAAAGAAAGCUGGUUCCCAUCUUCUAAAUUGAUUUUACCACCUAACUUAAUGGGUUACAAACUGCAACUGAAAAUCACUGCCAUAGAGAAAAUGACAAAGCACAAAGCAAAAUCACUCAGAUUAAAAAUAGUUAAUAUCUUGUUCAGUCAGGAUCGAGGCAUCUCUCUAUUCUUGCAUACGUACCUGGAGGCAUGUACCGUAUAUGAGUUUGCAUAAAUGGAAAGCAGGUUUGUAGGCUCUGUGAGAAGGCAUGUAUAUAACAGAAGGCAUCUUGUAGUAGGUGGCAAAGAAAGAUGCAGAUUAAGUUAUCUGGGAGUUCAGAGAUAAAGGUCAGUUCUAACUGGGGAAAUUGUGGUGCUCUUUCUGAAGAGGAACGUGGGGCAGGGGCAGGGAGUGUGAUUGAGGCAGUUGUUAGGUGCCGUAGAGUUGAGUCCAACUCAUAGCGGCCCCGUAUCACAGACUAGAACUGCUGCUUAGGGCUUUCUUGGCUGUAAUCAUUAUGGAAGCAGACCUCCAGGUCUUUCUCCUGCAGAGCCUCCUGGGUAGGUUCAAACCACCAACCUUCAUCUAGCAGUCAAGCACUUAACUGUUAAAAGAAUAGUGUGUGGUGGCUGGUCCACAGGGUGGGCCAAGGUCACUGAUGGGAAAUGAAUGCUCAGUGUUGUGGACUUUGAAGCCAGCUUGGUUUGGGGGUGGGAGGAGGGCGGAUCUUGAAAGCCAAAUUGGGGAGGAGGGAGAUUUUCUUAUAAACAGUGUGGGGGAAAGGAUAUGAAUAGGUGGAGAAUAGAAGAAGCACAACAUCUAUUAUAUGUAUGUAGAGAUGCUCAUAAAUAUUAGUACUUGGAGGAAAGCAAAUUAAAACAAUAAUGAGAUGUCAUUUUACACCGGAUUUUCCAGCAAAUAUUGGAAAGCUGAGUAAUGGCCAGGGUUAGUUGGGAUGGGGGCUUAGGUUCUUGGUGCCUAAUGAUGGGGGACCAAUUAAGGAUGUUGUUGUUAGGUGCUGCCGAGUUGGUUCUGAGUCAUAGCGGCCCUGUAGAUUAAUUAUUUUUGCUGCUGUGUGUCGUCGAAUCUAUUCCCACUCAUAGCAACCCUAUAUGACAGAGCACAACUGCCCCAUAGGUUUCCUAGGCUGUAAUUUUUACGGGAGCAGAUACCCAGGUCUUUCCUCAUGUGAAGCCACUGGUGGGUUGGAAUCGCUGACAUUUUAGUCAGCAGCUGAGCUCUUAACCACUGCACCAGUGCUCCUUACGCAGAUUAAAGAACCCAGCAAUUCUGCUUCUCUAUAUUUAUGCAAAAGAAAUUCUCACAGAGGUCCAUCAGCGAACAUGAUAAGGAUGAUGGGACAUUGGAAAACAUGGGCAUUUAUUAUUGGAAGAGUGACAGAUAAAAUGUGUGGGAUACACUCCCGGGAGCGCUCUACAGCAGUAAGAGACAGUGGACUAAAUGGACACGUAACAGCAAGGGCAGAUCUUAAAGACAUAGUUCUAAGGGGAAAAUGUAGUAAUGAAAUUUAAAACAACAGUAUUUCUAUAAAUUAAAAAAAUACAUUUAUACACUUUACAGUCAUACAUAGUAGAAUAGUUUUCUAUGGGGAGUAGGAAAGAGUCAGAUACGAGGAUAACAGAAAAUAAACAAGAAAAGGGCGGCAGGGGGUGGGGAGUGAUGGGAGCAAUGUCUUAAGCACCCAGGUAACGUAAUUAAAAGCUGUAUAUAAAGAAGGCUAAGGAGCCCUAGUGGUGCAGUAAAGAGCUUGACUACUAAUCAAAAGGUUGGAGGUUUGAACCCAUCCAGUGGCUCCCCGGAAGAAAGAUGUGAUCUGCUUCCGUAAAGAUUGCAGCCUAGAAAACCCUAUGGGUAAGUUCUACUCUGUCACAUGGUGUUGCUAGGAGUCAAAAGUGACUUGAUGGCACCUAACAAAAACAACAACAACUGUCUGGGGCUGGGAGUGCAAAUGGAAUCUGAAGGGUGUGACCCCUGAGGCAGAAGGCCAAGACACGGGCCUCAUGGGCAGAGCAGAUGAGAGGUGCUGAGGAUGAGAACAAGGGAACCAGGCACAGGAAUGCACAGGAAGGAAGUUUUGGGGGCUAUUACGGACAGAAGAUUGCCUGGUCCUACAUGGGGGAAAGGGCAGAAGGGGGUUGUUGAGGCAUUAAAUAAUCAAAGAUGACUCAGAACAUUCCUACCAGAGUGACUGGGAGGAUGAUACCACCUUCACAGGAAUAGGCAGCCCGGGAGGAUAGUGAACACUGAGUCAGAGCUGUCAACGGGCAGUGACAGGUCACUGUGUCCUUCAGGCAGCCUGAGGACCUGGAGGUAGAUCUAGAGACCCCUGCUGGAUUCUCCCAUCUGCCCAGAGGAGCUAGGGGAAUCCCUGGGCAGAGCUUAUAAACAGAUGGCCCAAGGACAGCCCUCUGAGGAAACUCUUUGCCACUUAGGGAUCUGAUGGGGAAGGGAAGCUAGUGUGGCAUUUUGUCCUGAAACCAGAGGAAAUAUAUAACGAGGGAAUAGGACUACAUGAUUUCUUGGAUCUUUUUCCGGCACUAAUAUUCUAUGAUUCCAUUAAAUGUAUAUGGCAAAUUUAUUAAUGGAUCCUCAGAUUACUUGUGAUUUGUAAAUUUUAGAAAAAUAUUUUAAUACAAUUCAGAAGCAUCAUUGUAUAUGAGAGAAUUCCAAGUUAUUUAAACUACAUAAACUUCUAGUUUCUUCUUUGGUUAAAAUGGGGAUAAUAUUUACAUUUUGGGGUUGUUCUGAGGAUUUGAAAUGGUUUAUCUCUGAUACCUAGUACAUAGUGAGUAUUCAAUAAAAAAAAAAAUAGAUGGGAAUUAUUACUUAAUUCAGAUAAAAGAGAAGUAUAUAAAUUCAACCCAAACUGUCCCUUCAAGUUUGGAGGACCCAGAAGUUUCUGUGCUGCCUUCUGUUGGAAUCUGGAUUUUUUUCAACAUCUUCAUUCCUGCUGCCACCAUUUUUGCCCAGGACCCUAUAUGGCUUGCAAAAGCAUCUUAACUGAUUUUCCUUCAGCCAGACUAACCUUCCUCAGAUAUCACUCUCAACUUGUCCAAGAAUCAACAAUGCUCUCCAGGGUUUAUUCUUCUGAGUCUAAUUUCCACUGCCUGGUUCCAAGGUUCUCCAAAGCUUAGCUCUUUAGGUGUGAUUAGCCCAGCUGAGGAUCAAAUUUAUCACCAGGCUCCAUUGUUGUUAGUUGCCCAACUUAUGGUGGCUCCUGCACGACCAAAGGAAAAACUGCCCUGUCCUGUGCCAUGCCCAGGAUCAGUUGCAGAAAGGACCAUUGUGAUCCAGAGGGUUUUCACUGGCUCAUUUUCAGAAGUAGAUCUCAAAUCAGGCCCCAUUAAAUGAAUAAAAAUUGAGUGUUAAGGAAAAGCACCCAGAAGAAUAACUGCUGAAAACCAGACACUCUAAUUUUUAGUGAAUUCUUUUCUUUUUCAAUUUAUAAAUUUUUUUUUCUUGGAUUUAACUAAUAUUUAUUGAGUGUAUACAGUGUACCAGGCUAUACUAGGCAUUUUGAGAUGGUGUGCCCUCGUGUUUUUAUAGCACUAUCUCUUUAUAAUACCAAAAGAUUUAAAAAGGAAAAACAAAAAGGGCCCCAAUCCCACUCUUCAGAUUAUUUCUGUGGACACACACACACACACAAAUGAAAGUGAUCUUUUCUUGAGAGAGAAUCCAACAGUACAGAUAGGAAUAAAAUGAAAAGUAAAAUCCUGCUCUUCCCAGUCAGCUAUUCCAUUUCCUUUUCAUGAUGGUAGCAGAUACUAUCAGGUUUCUUGCAUGUACUUCUAGAAAAAUGUUCUAUUUGUUUACCAACACAGUCAUAUAUAUCUUUUCAGGAAAAUUUACAUGGAAGAGAAUACUUUACACUGUCCUGCUCUUUGCUUUUUCUUCUUUUUUUUUUCCUUUGUCUGAGACAGGCUGAGUUCCUAUAGAAAGUACUGCCACUUUUUGCAUUGUUUAUUUUCCUGUACUCCUUGGCACUUUUUACAAGGAUAUGAAAAAGCCCAAAAGAAAGAUAAAAAUUUGUAAACAAAAUGUACUAAUAAAAUAAAUUCUGGAGCAGAAGGUCUAAUUCUUUGGCUUCCUGAGGUUGGAUGGAUCCUGGAACAGCCCAGGAAAUUGAGGCAAGGAAGGGGUCAUGAAGAAAGAAAUUCUUAUUGAUGCCGCACCUUGUGAGAACAGAGUAGUGCACCAUGUUUCUUUCUCUUGAGAGUAGAGAGCAGCAGGAAAGAGCUGGAGACCCUGGAGCAUCCUGGUUUCCUGUCCCGGCCCUGCUGAUCCCCUUUGCUUUUUUUCACCUAAAAAAUAUACACACGUACACUUAGAAAUCUUUCUGUAUCAAUCCUUACAGGUAUAAAAAUGCUUCUAUAUAAACCUACCUCAUUCUUUUUAAAGGAUGCAUAGUGUUUCAUUUAAUGGCUAUUUCUUAAUUGAUUCACUCAGGCUCGUGUUAAUGGACAUCUAAAUGUUUUCCAGGUUUUUGCUACUAAAAAUGCUUAUAAUUCAUCAUCCUUGUCAUUGUAACUUGGUACAUUUUCCAGCACAUCUGAACGGUAAUUUUCAAUUAAAAAAAAAAUUUUUUUUUUGAUAGUUAUUGCUAAAUAGGCCUCCUAAUGCGUUGCGUCAAAUUAUAAUCUGUCAAUACACAGCCGUAUAAGAAAUCUGUUUCCCUGCUUGACAACCGGCUCUGGACAUUAGCAAACUUUAAAAUUUGGCCAGUUUGCUAUUUGGUUCUGAAUCUCAUUGUACCUCUUGGGCAAUAGGAUGAGCAAAUAGAUAGGUGUCUCCUGAUGUUAUGGACUGAAUUGUGUCUCCCAAAAAUAUGUGUUGUAAAUCCUAACCUGUAUGCCUGUGGUUAUAAUCCCGUUAGGGGAUAGAUUUUCUUUGUUAUGUUAAUGAGGCAGGAUUCCUGUAGGGUGUACUUUGAGUCAAUCUUUUUUGAGGUAUAAACAAGAGAGCAGAGAAAGAGAUAAAGUAAGAUAGUUGUCAAGACACACAAAGAUCUCCAAGGAAACAGGAAGCAGAAGUUGAAGAGACAGUGAACUUUCUCCAGAGCCAAGAGAGAAAGCCUUCCCCUCGAGCCAAGCUGAUGCUCUGAAUUCAGAUUUCUACUCUCCUCAACUUCUAACCAAAAGGUCAGCUGUUUGAAUACACCAGGCACUCCUUGGAAGCUCUAUGGCGCAGUUCUCCUCUGUCCUAUAGGGUCGCCAUGAGUUGGAAUUGACUCGAUGCAAGAAGUUUUUUUUAAGCUGUGAAAAAAAAAUUGCUGUUUGCUAGAGAUAUCCACUUUUGGUAUUUUUGGUAUAGCAGCACUAGAUAACUAAGACACCUGGUAUCAUUGCAAACUUCCUUCCUCAAGGCAGUGGACACUUUCAGGGCUAAACUUUGAGCUCAUGAUUGAAUUUUCCUUAGCCAGUCCUUGGUUUUUGGCUUGUGUUUCUUUGACUGAUCUUCCCCCUGCCUUCCUUUGCUACUUGGAUCUUGGCUUUAAAGGUUGGGAGGUUAUUGCAUUUGGUCUUAUUGCCCUGUGAAGAGAUGGAAAAGGAGACAAAGGGCAGGUGGCCAAUCAGCCAGGUCCUCAGAAUGACCUUCUGGGUCCCAUUCCAGCCUAUGAUCCUUGGCUCUGGAGCCUCAGAAAUUCAAUUUUGUGAGUGGGCCAGAGGUGUGGGCUCAGAGGGCUAGAUUCUACUAACAAGACUCUCAAGGAAUGCGUGUAUAAAUCCUAAUAGUAAUUGUUACCAUUCAUAAGUAUUAACAUUUAUUGAGUGCCAGUCACAAUGCUAAGUGCUUUAUAAAAUUAAUACAUAUUAUCCUUGUAAAAACCUUAUGUACUAGGUAUACUUUUUACCCUAAUGUUACUGAUGAAGAAAGUGAAGCUCAGAGAUUGUGGUGCAAUAUGGCCCUUCUAGCCAUUGUGACUCACACAAUGAUUGAGUAAGACUAUGCAAAUAAGAUGCAUGGAACCUGUGAUUGUAGGGAUUAUGUGUUGGCUUUGCUAGGCCAUGAUUCCCAGUAUUGUGUGGCUGUCCUCCAUUUUGUGAUAUGAUGUAAUUAUCCUAAUUAUCUACCAUUUUAUGUGCUGUAAAUUCUCGACCUUAAUGAUGUGGAUGGAGUAAAGCUGUUGGGACCUUCAUUUGUUGAUGUGGAAUGACUCAAAAUGAGAAAAAAAAAAAAAAACAGCUGGAAACAUCCAUUAAUAAUCAGAACC